CGAAUAUGGAAGUGACGAAUAUGGAGGUGACGAAAGUGACAAUGUAAUGUGCCUUCGAAUGUUAUGCAAGAAUGAGAAGAAUCCAUCCAUGCAAACAACAAGAGCAGCAAUACAACAGAAAUAAAAUACAAAAUCUGUAUUCGUUGAACGCUACUAUUUUUAUAACUCAGGUGUCCAAGUCAGAUUUUGCACACCUUAACUAAUCCUCACGACACUUACGAUCUUCUUCCUCUGCAUCAUUUUAUACACAAAGUAGUUGGACCCCUAGUUACUUUUCCCAAAAGUACAGCAGUCAAUCGAAUGAUUUCUUUCAUCCUCCCACUUUCUAACAACAUCUUAGAGGUAGAAACUACUUUAUAAAACAUGCAGCUGGGAAAAUGUUUCAUACUAGAGGGACUGCAUCUCUAUAAAUAAAAGACCUUGGAUAUCAAAAGAGAAUAAAAGAGCUUGGAUUCUGAAUAAACUACUUGAAAAUGAAGUGUUCAAUAGGCCAUCUGAUUAAGAGUAACAAGCCUUACAUUGGGGUCCUCUUUAUCCAGUUUGUGUAUGCAAUCAAGGCCUUAUUCGCCAAAGCAGCAAUUGCCAAAGGAAUGAACCCUUACGUCUUCGUCUUUUAUCGCCAAGCUUUCGCCUCACUUGCCUUAGCUCCAUUUGCUUUCUUCCUUGAGAGUAACAAGCCUGCUACCCUGUCAUUGAACUUACUUUGCAAGAUCUUCUUCGUUUCCUUAUGCGGGAUUACGCUAAGCGUAAAUCUAGACUCCUUGUCAUUGAAUUAUGUCUCGGCAACUUUUUCCGUGGCUAUAUGUACCACAGUUCCUGCCAUUACCUUCAUCAUGGCUAUUUUCUUAAGGAUUGAGAACAUUUCCAUUAAGCAACGGCAUGGAUUAGCCAAGGUGGUGGGUUCCAUAGUCAGUCUCUCUGGGGCUUUGGUUUACAUUCUUAUUCAAGGACCACCUGUGUAUCAAGCUGACCCCAAGGCAAGUUCAGUCUCAUCUACAGAGUGCUAUUCCAAAGGGGACUGGAUGAAAGGCUCACUUGCAUCUAUCUCAUCCAACAUAUCAUGGUCCUUGUGGAUUAUUAUGCAGGGUUCUCUUGUGAAGGAAUAUCCAGCAAUAGUACGACUUACAGCCCUGCAAACCUUCUUUAGCUGCAUACAAUCGGCAAUUUGGGCAGCUGCAGUCGCGAGAAACUUAUCCGCAUGGAAACUUGGAUGGGAUCUUAAUCUACUUUCCGUCACCUAUUGUGGUCUAAUUUUUACAGGGGUGACAUAUUGGUUGCGGAUUUGGGUUGUAGAGAAGAAAGGUCCCGUUUUUCUAGCUAUGUUCACUCCAUUGUCACUUCUUCUAACAGCCUUCUUAUCAGCAGUCUUAGGGAUGGAAACCCUUCACUGGGGAAGUGUCGGCGGUGGUUUGCUACUUGUGGGGGGGCUCUAUGGUUUCUUGUGUGGGAAACAUGAAGAAGGAAAAGCUGAGAAAAUUGAACAACAAAAGUCGGACACCACAGAGGAAACUGUAUAGGAAUGCACUAACAUCAGUGACUACUGUUAAAAGCAAUGACCCAAGCUCAGGAAUACAUGGAAACAAUCUACAUGUUACAUU